AUUCUGCAGCAUUUUUUGCUCUAUCAGCAUCCUUUCACAGCCUAUAUUUAUAGGUCUUUUGUAUUCUUCAGGUACACAUGAUCGAUCAUUGGCAUCAUCAAUUAACCCCUCGCAUUUUCCUGGUUCAGCCAACAUGGAAGGUGAGAGCAAUCAGAGUGGCGAGAAGAAGAAGAGAAUAGCAGUUGGACCAUGGGGAGGAAAUGGUGGAAGCCCAUGGGAUGAUGGCAGUUACAAUGGUGUCAGAGAAAUUACACUAGUUCAUGCCCGCUGCAUAGACUCCAUGCGUGUGGUCUAUGAUAAGAACGGGAAGCCCUUUGUUGGAGAAAAGCAUGGAGGCGUUGGAGGUAGCAAAACCUCCGAGAUCAAGCUACAGUUUCCAGACGAGUUCCUGACUAGUGUAAGCGGUUUUAUCGCUCCCGUGGUUCAUGGUGGCAGUCCUGUGAUCCGGGCACUCACGUUUAAGAGCAGUAAAAGAACCUUCGGGCCAUAUGGGGUUGAAGAAGGAGCGCCAUUUUCCCUUCCGAUUGAAGGAGGUCAAAUUGUUGGCUUCAAAGGAAGGAGCGGCUGGUACUUGGACUCGCUGGGCUGUCAUUUAUCUCGGGUUCAAACGACAAGAGUGCUUCAGAAGGUGCAGCAGAGGUUCAAGAGACUUACAAGCUCUGUAUCUUUGGCCCCUAAAGAGAGCGAGGAUGCUGGCUUUAAAGCCACAAAAGCCACCGCUCAAGGAGGAUCUUACUAUUAAUCCAUAGAAGACCUGCAACCUUCCUUCCUUGCUUUUAGGUAUCUGUAUUUAACUGCAAAGGAUUGGAUGGAAGGAAAUAGACUUGCUAUCAUUUGUGUUGUGUCCCUCCAUGUAUAGGCAGAUAAAGAGAUGUUUUAGGUAAAAUCUUAAUUUACCCAUA